CUUUUUUUAUUUUUUUUUUGGACUUUUUCUGAUUAUUUUAUGAAAAAUGCUUUCAACGCCUAUGAAACAUUUAGAUAAGAAUCCUAUUUGCUGUACACCAACGUCAGGAUUAAAGAUUCAGAAGUCACCAUUAACACCACGACAAACGGCAGCAGUUAUUUCUCAUUUGCACUCAGCAAAACGAGUUUAUUCACCCAAAUCAUCAAUUUAUCGUCAAACACCUUUACGUCUUGAUAUUGUAGCAUCAGAUUGGACACUUGUUGGUACAGGACCGCCAUCUAGUCCUCAAAGAACAGCAAAAAGGACAUCAUUUAGAUUACAAUGUGAUCGGUUUAUUCCUCAACGUACCAGUCAACCAUCUAGUGCAGCAUCAAAAAUGAUUUAUCCAGUUAUUGAGAAUAAAACAGGCAGUCAAGAUACAUAUAAUGGGACAAAUAAUCCAUCGGAAACUAUUGCAUAUACAGCAUCAGUUGCAGAAGCGUGUGGUCUUGCAUUAAAUACACGUAUUCUUGCAUUUAAACCAAGUGCACCAGAAACUAGUCGAUCGAUUGAUCUUCGUUCGCAAUAUAAUCGACCUCUUAAACCGGCAGCAUUGUCAUCACAAUUUCGUCGACGUAUUGUUACAGCACCUGAACGUGUUUUAGAUGCACCUGGAUUGAUUGAUGAUUAUUAUCUUAAUUUACUUGACUGGAGUAACCUUAAUAAAGUUGCUAUUGGACUUGAGAGGAAUGUUUAUGUAUGGGAUGCGGAUAGUGGUUCUGUUUCAUGUUUAAUGGAGGCUAAACAAAACACAUAUGUUUCUGGUAUAAAAUGGUCUGCAGAUGGAUGUUACUUAUCAAUUGGACUGGGUGAUGGAGAUGUACAAAUAUGGGACAUUGAAACAUGCUCUAAAAUGAGAACUAUGUCUGGACAUGAGGCGCGUGUUGGUGUAUUAGCAUGGGAUAAGCAUAUUUUAAGCAGUGGAUGUCGAGAUGGUAGUAUUUGGAAUCAUGAUGUAAGAAUUGCACAGCACAAAGUUAGUGAAUGGAAAGGUCAUGGAUCAGAAGUGUGCGGUCUUGAAUGGAGAUACGAUGGAUCUCAACUUGCAAGUGGGGGGAAUGAUAAUUUAGUAAAUAUUUGGGACUCUAGAUCAUCAGUUCCAAAAUUUACGAAAACUAACCAUAUAGCAGCCGUUAAAGCUUUAUCGUGGUGCCCGUGGCAAUUAAAUCUUUUAUGUACAGGUGGAGGAUCUCAAGAUCGUAUUAUUCAUUUUUGGAAUGCAACAACUGGAGCUCGAACACAUUCGGUUGAUACAGGAUCACAAGUUACGUCUGUUCGAUGGUCACCUGUGUAUCGCGAACUCGUUUCUUCGCAUGGAUUUCCGGAUAAUCAUUUAUCUAUUUGGCAAUAUCCAUCUUUAACUAAAGCAAUUGAUAUUCCUGCGCACGAAAGCCGAGUGUUGCAUAGUUGCCUGAGUCCAGAUGGUCAGGUACUUGCAACAGCUGCGAGUGAUGAAAAUCUUAAAUUUUGGAGGGUGUUUGAAAGCACAAAAAAAGUUUCGAUGGAUCAAAUGGUCGGUCUUUCUGGAAAUAAAGGUGGUUUACAAGAAAUGACAAAAACAAUGACAAUUAGGUGACAUUAAGACUUGCAAAGGUUUACAUUGCUUCAAAGAUUCAUCAAGG